GCUGCGGCUUCCUCUCUGGGAGGGCAAAAUCCGAAGCUCUCCACUGUGCUCAGUAAACCCGCGGAAUUCCGAGGGCGCGGGGGUCGCGCGCCAGCGUCCGACGAUGGGGAAGUUCGUGGUGGUGGGCGGUGGGAUCGCGGGCGUCACGUGUGCGGAGCAGUUGGCUGUUAGCUUUCCAUCAGAAGAGAUUCUCCUGGUCACAGCUUCUCCUGUUAUUAAAGCAGUUACCAAUUUUAAACAGGUUUCCAAAACAUUGGAAGAAUUUGAUGUUGAGGAACAACCAAGUACUGUGUUAGAAAGUCGCUUUCCUAACAUUAAGGUCAUAGAAUCUGGAGUAAAGCAGCUGAAGAGUAAAGAACACUGUGUUUUCACAGAAGAUGGCAAUCAGCAUAUAUAUAAGAAACUCUGUCUGUGUGCAGGAGCCAAGCCAAAGCUGAUAUGUGAAGGAAAUCCUUAUGUGCUAGGAAUCCGUGAUACAGACAGUGCUCAGGAAUUUCAGAGACAGCUUACUAAAGCUAAAAGAAUAAUGAUCAUAGGGAAUGGUGGUAUUGCACUUGAGUUAGUGUAUGAAAUUGAAGGCUGUGAAGUGAUUUGGGCCAUUAAAGAUAAAGCUAUUGGGAAUACUUUCUUCGAUGCAGGCGCAGCUGAAUUUUUGACUUCCAGGCUCAUCUCCGAAAAACCAGAGGCUAAAAUUCCACAUAAAAGAACUAAAUACACAACUGAAGGAAUGAAAAAGGAAGCAAGACCCAAAGCUAAAGCUGAUACUGUGGGCAGUGCCUUGGGACCAGAUUGGCAUGAAGGCUUGGAUCUAAAAGGAACAAAAGAGUUUUCUCAUAAGGUUCACAUGGAAACCAUGUGUGAAGUGAAGAAAAUCUAUCUCCAGGAAGAAUUUAGACUUCUAAAGAAAAAUUCCUUGACUUUUCCAACGGACCCUCAUAAGUCAGUUACCACAGAUAAUGAGACAUGGCCCGUAUAUGUGGAACUGACCAAUGGAAAGCUGUAUGGCUGUGAUUUCAUUGUCAGCGCAACAGGAGUUACGCCAAAUACAGAACCUUUUCUCCAUGGUAACAGUUUUGACCUAGGAGAAGAUGGUGGCCUGAAAGUGGAUGAGCACAUGCUCACGUCACUUCCAGAUAUCUACGCUGCAGGUGACAUCUGCACGGCGUCUUGGCAGCCCAGCCCAGUCUGGCAGCAGAUGAGGCUGUGGACCCAGGCUAGACAGAUGGGAUGGUAUGCUGCAAAGUGCAUGGCUGCAGCUAGCGUGGGAGACUACACUGACAUGGAUUUCAGCUUUGAACUGUUUGCUCAUGUAACAAAAUUUUUUAACUAUAAGGUUGUUUUGCUGGGGAAAUACAAUGCACAAGGCUUGGGUUCAGACCAUGAAUUAAUGCUGAGAUGCACCAAAGGACAAGAGUACGUCAAAGUUGUCAUGCAGAAUGGGCGGAUGAUGGGAGCUGUCUUAAUUGGUGAAACUGACUUAGAGGAGACAUUUGAAAAUUUAAUUUUAAACCAAAUGGAUCUUUCACCAUAUGGAGAAGAGCUACUAGAUCCAAACAUUGAUAUAGAAGAUUAUUUUGACUAAAAGGAGAUUUCCUCAAGAUUCACAUAAAGUUCAAACUAAGGAAAACUGGAGUCAGUAAAAUGGAUGACUGAACUGUAUUUUUAACUUCCAUUCAUUAUUAAAUCAGAAGUGUCACCUGACAUCGUGCCUGAGGCCCUGGGUUCAAUGCCCAGUAUUGAAGUGGGGUAAAAACACGGAGUGAUGUUCAUGCAGAAGUAUUAAAGAAAUAAAAUGUUAAAUAAGGAA